AUGAUGGACAUGUCUCGGUCCUCCCUGGCGGAGCUGCUCCUGUCGGACCUCCUGCAGGUGGAGAACGAGGCUCUGGAGGAGGAGAACUUCCCUCUGGCUGAAGGAGAACCCGAAGACAUCCACAUGGAUCUGGAACGGGCCGCCGGCAGCGGGCCGCUGCUCGCCCCCCGAGAGAGGAAAGCCGGCUGCAAGAACUUCUUCUGGAAGACCUUCACCUCCUGCUGAGAACCUCCUCAUCCUCCCUCCUCUUCAUCACUCACUGUACAGACGGAUCCUGAGUAGUUUGGACGAACUGUGUAGAUUUUUCUGGGCUGAUUCUUUCUGAAUGUAAAA